GGUGGGGUGGGCUUGGUGGGCAGGCUGUUGGUACUCUGUCAGUUUGUCCAACUUGGGUCUGCCCUUGCGUUUUGCACUGGCCAGGGCCUAUCCCCCUCUGACUGUUCCCCUAGGGCCCGGCCCAUUUAGACACCGCUAUAUUCAGCCCUGCUGGGACUGAUUACCCAGCCGGAAGUCCUCCGACCUUGUCCAGCGUCAGCAGCACACACACAUACACACACCGUUUCUCUGCUUUCCUGUUUUCUGUUAUGGACAGACCUGACGGAAACAGACGCAGGGCCUGGGUAGAACAAGCUGCCGAGGCCCAACCUGGUUAAGGACCAGCUGAGUGGCAUCUGCUCUGUGCAGGCCCCACGCCCUGCUGCUUUUCACUGACUACUGAGGCUCUGCAUGCUCAGCAGCCCCAGGGUCUGUCUGCUGCAGGUCCUUCAGUGUGUGGAUGCCAGGGAAGGAGGGGCGCCCAGCUGCCCUGCUGGGCCCUGUUCUCAGAGUAUCUGGUGGCCCUGGAUCAUGGGCCAGCCUGGAGCUAACCAGAGGGUCUUGGUAGCCAUGGGAGGUGCUCUGUGCCAGCAGGGGCCUCCUUAGGGGUGGCUGAUCUCUAAGCCUGGCCCUCCUGCCCUCCUUGCCUGGGCCAGGCUCUGUGGCUGAUCCCUUGCAUGGGACAAGCUGCCUGGUAAUCCAGCAUCCCCCACAAGGGCUAUGAUUUGCCAGGUUGGCAGGGGUUGGGGGCAAGGGAGGUGACAUCCAGCUGUCCCAGGUUGUCACCCUUGGCAAUCUUGCUUGAGCCUGGUGGGAGCCAGUGCCCAAGAACCCUGACGAGGAGCUCUGGGCCCCCCAUACCCUGUGUUCGGACCUGUCAGUUGGGGAAACGGAGGCAAGGGGCUGAAGGUGACAGGAUGACCUGGAGCCCUUCACAAAAUCAUAGUUCCCAGGCCCACCCUGAGGGAUCAGGGGCUGCCUCCCUGCUUUUUAAAAUCUGUGGUAAAUACCCAUGGCAUGAAGUGUGCCACCUCGACCGUUUCCAAGAGGGCACUAUUCACCUUGCAGCAGGCCUCAGACCUCCCUGCUUGAGGCCGAGGGGUCCCUUGUGACAGGCCACUCAUUGCUUGUCCAUCAUCCUUUCUGGACACGUGGGCUGUUGUGCUGAGUCUGUGACCUCCCAGGUGCAGCUGGGUCAUGUCCUGGGGUCCUGUCCUCUAGUCCCAGUUCUCCCGCUGGCCCUGACUUUCCCCAGUGUGCCCUGAGGUGGGUGAACAACCCCUGCCCGGCAGGGGCAGCCACCAGACCACCUUGUGGAGGUGAAAAUGUCAUGAGAUGAGAGAAGACAGGAGGGAGUUUCUAAGAGGUCUCUUUAUUCAGCAAAAACUGGUUUACUGCCCACAAGGGGCCCCAGCUGAAGACCCUGGUGUGCCCAACAUGGGGGUUGUUGAGGGAGCAGCUGGGAACACCUGGUGGGGGCGCUGAUCGGUGGUUCCUGAAGCUGCAGGGUGGGUAUGGGCCUGAGUGAUGGGUCUGGAGGCCAGGAAAGGGCUGAAAGGGUCCAGACUUUCCAGUUUGGGCCCCUGCAGGGCCUGGGUGGGGCGCUUCCUCACUCUGCCUCCCUGCAGGGCCGGCUGCCAGGCCUCAGGGUCAAGUAUGUCUUGCUGGUCUGGCUGGGCAUCUUCGCGGGCAGCUGGAUGGUGUACCUGCACUACUCGUCCUACUCCGAGCUCUGCCGCGGCCACGUCUGCCAGGUGGUGAUCUGUGACCAGUACCGCAAGGGCAUCAUCUCGGGCUCCAUCUGCCGGGACCUGUGUGAGCUGCACAAGGUGGAGUGGAGGACCUGUCUGUCCUCGGCCCCAGGCCAGCAGGUGUACAGCGGACUCUGGCAGGACAAGGAGGUGACCAUCAAGUGUGGCAUUGAGGAGGCCCUCAACUCCAAGGCCAGGUCUGAGGUGGCCCCCCGGCGGGAGCUGGUGCUGUUUGACAAGCCCACCCGGGGCACCUCCAUCAAGGAGUUCCGAGAGAUGACCCUCAGCUUCCUCAAGGCUAACCUGGGAGACCUGCCAUCCCUGCCAGCCCUAGUGGGACAGGUCCUCCUCAUGGCUGAUUUCAACAAAGACAGCAGGGUGUCCCUGGCGGAGGCCAAAUCCGUGUGGGCCCUGCUGCAGCGCAACGAGUUCCUGCUGCUGCUGUCCCUGCAGGAGAAGGAGCAUGCCUCGCGCCUGCUGGGCUGCUGUGGGGACCUCUACCUCACUGAGGGUGCCCCCCGCGGCUCCUGGCCGGCUGCGCUGCCGCCCCUAUUGCGCCCACUGCUGCCCCCCGCGCUACAGAGGGCCCUGCAGCAGUGGUUCGGGCCUGCGUGGCCCUGGCGUGCCAAGAUCGCCAUCGGCCUGCUGGAGUUUGUGGAAGACCUCUUCCACAGCUCCUACGGGACCUUCUACAUGUGUGAGACCACGCUGGCCAACGUUGGCCACACUGCCACCUACGACUUCAAGAUGGCCGACCUGCAGCAAGUGGCACCUGAGGCCGCUGUUCGCCGCUUCCUGCAGGGCCGCCACUGCGAGCAGAGUGCUGACUGCACCUACGGGCGUGACUGCAGGGCCCCCUGCGACCGGCUCAUGAGGCAGUGCAAGGGCGACCUCAUCCAGCCCAACCUGGCCAAGGUGUGCGAGCUACUGCGGGACUACCUGCUGCCUGGUGCGCCAGCUGACCUCCGGGAGGAGCUGGGCAAGCAGUUACGCACCUGCACCACACUGAGCGGGCUGGCCAGUCAGGUGGAGGCCCACCACUCGCUGGUUCUCAGCCACCUCAAGACCCUUCUUUGGAAGAAGAUCUCCAACACCAAGUACUCCUGAUGCUGAGGCCCGACCACUGCCCCCUGGCCUUCCGCAGCACCUUGCACCUAGGCCACAGCUCCUGGAGCUGGCAGCACUUAGCUCUCCAGGGGUCCCAGCAGGAAGGACUCCUGGAUGCCCCACUGCAAAACUGUCCCCGCCUCCCCCAGGGUUCUGGGCUCUCUGGGUCCCAGAAACCCAGACAGAACAUCUCUGCUCCAGCAGUAAAGGCCAGAGCUGAGGAGCACAGGAGGGCCUUAGCCUGAGGUCCAGGAGGCUUUCUGCUCUGAAUAAACGGCUCUUAUGUGA